AUGUCUUUCUCCAGUGAAGCUGAAGGCCCAACUGAUGGUGUCUUCGACCCUGACGAGACUGCUGCAUUCCAGCACCGAGAGCCCCACUCUCGUAUUUCCGAAGACCAGAACAUAGACCGAAUGUGGUCGUACUACCUGCGCAAAGCUCACAGAGUGGAUCAGGAGAUGGCUGACGGCUGGAAGGGAGAUACUGACGGGAUACUCAUCUUUACAGGUCUAUUCUCUGCAACAGUAGCAUCGUUCAUCGUCGACAACUACAAGUCUCUGCAACUAGACCCUAGUGUGGUCCUCCUUGCUCAAAUCUCCGCCAAUAUGACAGGCCAAUCCAUGGCUGACACCAUAGCUUGUGCUGGUGUAUCCACCGCAGGACCUCCAGUACACAUCAACAUCCUCUGGGCACUUUCGCUCUGCAUGAGCAUCUCAUGCGCACUUCUGGCCACACUUGUGCAACAAUGGGCUCGUCACUAUUUGCGCCUGUCUCAACGACGUCAAGAUAUACCUGGCCUACAAGGCAGGAUGCACGCGUACCUCUCUCAUGGCAUCUCCACUUCCGGAGUUCGCGUCUUCGUCAACAUGAUACCCGCCCUUCUGACAUGCGCCGUUGCUCUGUUCUUCGCUGGACUUGUAGAGCUCUACUUCACCAUAAGCUCUACCGUUGCUUACGCGACACUUGCAUUCAUGAUCGUGUUCUGCUCUACAUAUCUUGGUUUGACCAUCAUGCCUCUAAUAUCGCGCUUCAGUCCUUUCCACACGCCCUUAACGCCGAUCCUUUGGUGGAUCGUUCGCCAAGGAGUUUUCAUCACGCACUCCUGCAAGCGAAGCUUCAGAACGAUCGCAUACGUGGCUCGUACUCACUUCAAGGACCAUGGAUUGUGGGUUAUGCGCCAGUCAGCGCUGUGGGUAGAAGCGUGGGAUUAUUCCUUCUUCGCAUCGCCACUACGCCGCUUCUUCUCCGCGCAAACCGUCGACAUCGAACGGACAGUCUUGCUAGCACCAUGGUCCAACACCGAGUGCUCCUCCCUCAUAUACACCAUCGUCGGCUUCGACCUCACCAGCGAGGACGUCAAGCACGUCUUCAACGGUCUUACAUCCGUCUUUCGGCGACAUUCCUCACGCGUCGAAUCGCAUCAGAUCGCAUAUGUUCCCAUCGCGCGAUUUCUCCUCUCUGAGCUUUCUGUGCGUCAAGCGCUCACCCGGCUCUGCGAAGCGCCGGGCGUGGACGACGCGAAUGGGGUCAGGACCUGCAUGAACCUCGUGUGGGAGUUCGCAACCUGCUUCCCCAGGCCCUCAUAUGAAGCCGUGGAGAUAUUCCCACUCCCUCCGACACAGCAGAGACGCAUCGCCCUGAUGAAGGCUUUGACCGCCCUACAUGCUCAUCCGCAGCCUUCAGUAGCCAUCACUGCGCGAUGCUGGCUAGCGCUGGAGCUGGGGGACGUAAAGCCAAUCCACGCCAUAUUCUCUCGCACAUUUGCGUUCUACACGUAUCCAGACGGGCUAGGCGAGUACAGGAUGACGGCCAGUCACGAUGCAUGGACGCGCGACCAGUUCAUCCUCAACGUCGUCGGUUUACUCGACGAUACUCUUCCGCACAUACGGGAUACAGCGCAGAGUCGCGUAGCGCUAUUCCUUGUGACCGGCGUCAUCCUCCGCCUAUUGCACUGGGAACGCUACGAGAAGCCAAAUGUACACGAAUCGCCUACACCAGUGUUGCUCGCCGAGCUUGAGCAACAGCGGCAGAAGGUCAGGAAGCAACUAAAGGAUGGAGACAAUGUAGUGAGGAAGAUGGACAACCGUUCGGUUCACUCAAGUUUUGGGGUGGCCGAGGGUAUCAGAGCGGAGUAUGAGGCGUUGGACGAGCUGCUUAGACAAGUCGAGGAAAGAGUCCUUCCUAGGCCAGGCAUCCCGACAUUGCUCGUGCCAAAGCCCACGCGUUUGAAGAUGGUUGCACCAGGAGAUGGGUCAUGA